AUGGGAUUUUUGCUCCAAGCUCGAACUGCGGAGCGUCCAGGGCUGUCCUCCAGGAUCCAGGGUGAGGAUGCAGCCGUGCAGAGCAGGCCGGGCGCAGGGGGGCUGGGUGGCAUCCUGCUGGGAGGGUCCUGGACUCUCACUCCGCCCGGAACACACACGGUCCGCUGCUUUUCCGACGAAGACACAGUGACGCAUUCUGACAAACAACCGAAGAGGAACUUGUCUUUUGUUUGGAGGGCUCCGGACCGAUCCAUAGGAGACGUGCGCUUUUAUCUCACGGUCGUGCAGUCCUACUUCGUUUACUGGACUGGAAUCUCGUCCAGAGUGUUGCAUGAUGGGACUCGUGGUCGCUGGAGAGGAAACUCCAUGAGACAAGACAGAGGGGGGAAGUACCCAGAUAUCAUACCCAGGCACAGUGCAUGGGAGCUGGGCAUGUUGCUUGGGUGUUCGGCCGGUCUGGGGAUGAUUUUGGUGGUGGGGAUCAAGUACGUUCAUCGGAAAGCGUGCGGUAAGCGGACGCAGGUGACUUUGCACGAUCGGGAGCGCGAGUACGGCCGAGGGGACAGGGGGCUCAUUCAUGUCCAAGAGUGCGGAGACUUGGUGCGAGUCCGGAGAAUCAGGGAAAACAGUUUUGUUCUGUUGGCAGAAUACGACAUCCUCGCGACGCCAGGGGAUUGA